UGUUCCACUGUUUGGGGAAAUACCGUAAACAAACUGGCUUCAGUCUACUUGAACGACUGUCUUGUCUUUCGAUUUAACACUGACUUUUGAAUAAGUACGUUGUCCACGCCGUCGCUCGAAGCUUCAGGACCAUAGUCCCGGUGUAUUCAACUCGGAGGGAGGACGUUUAGCUCGGACACAUUUUGCGAAUUGCCCUGACUGCAGCGGUGCAGCUUUCAGAGACCAUGUCUGAUUUAUUUGUGGUGCUGCUGAUAAUUGCUCUCCUGGUGUGUCUCAUUGUGACAGUCGGGGGCUUACUGCUGUACUCGGGGCUCCUGACAGAGGUGGUUAUUAAGACCGGACCACCUCCCAUCAAAAAUGUUACCUUUGCUUAUAAGUUCAAAGAGGGAUCAUACAAGGACUGCGGUACAGCCUACACAGAGAGCUGCAGCAUUGGGCCAAAGCUGACCUCCAUCGCUGUCUUCUACGAUGACCCCAAGCAGAGGCUUCCAGAGAAAUGUCGCUACGUGGUGGGCAGCAUCCUGUGUGAGGGUGAAGAGAAGCCGGAUGAAGAACUGCAGAAGCUGUAUGAGAAAUUUGGCUUCAAGCUGUUUUCUCUGCCAGAAGUGAGCCAUUCUGUGACCACCAGCUUCCCCUGCACCACGCCUCUGUCCUACGUGCUGGGACCUUACCGGGUCUACCCCAGACUCUCUUCCUACAUAGAGGAGAGGAAGCUAUGUGCGUUCCCAACUAUUGAGAUCUGUAGCUCAGGCGUCACUAACUACAUGGUUCCGCUGUCUCGCCAGACAGACUUCUUUGUACCAGAAAUGAAAGAGGAGGUCAAAACAGAUGUGAAAGAGGAGGAUUCAGAUGAGGACAGAGGAACUGACAUUACAGGUGCAGAUUCCCACAGUGACGUGAGCUCGGUGAGCGGUGGCGUGCCGUGGGACAGCAGAGAGACGUCCUUAGCCGCCUCCACAGCCGCCUCCUUGGCCUCCUCCCUGCCUCUGAGGGACGUAAUGGAUGCAAACGAAGACAUUAAACACAGGGAGAACAGCGACAGAGGCUCCAACGAGUCUUUGGGCAGCGGCUCGUCCUUUGAAGAGCUUGACAUGGAUCAGGAGGAGGGAGAAGAGAGGGAGGAGAAGGAAGAUGGCGAAGUGGAGGACGUCCCUCAGGGCGACGAUGGAGCUAGAGAAGCAGUUGAACUGGUGGCUGACAAGAAGGAGCCCGUGGGGGAUGGAGAGGAGUAGGGUGGAUGCUGAAGAGAUAAGGGAUGUAGCCAUGUAACACUGGCAUGCUAGAGAGUUUCUCAGCUGUGUUGUUGCUGGUAAUCUGUCAUGUAAUCUUGUUGGUGGAUCUAAAGCUGUUCAUGCCAUGACCAACAUGCCGUAUUUCUGCGCCUUCUAAAUGUCUUUCUGAAGCCUGUACUUUUUCUUAUAUUGUAAUCUCAGUUUUUAAAAAUAAUUCCUGACCUUAUAUUUGAACCACGUCAGGGCAGAACAACAGAUGACCCCAUUGGGUUGAGUCUCCGUCUCACAUGGUGUGAAGCAAAUGAGGGGUUAGAUUUGUUCAGUUCGGUAUUUCAUUUCAAAAUGUUCGAAUCACCAUCAUUCCUGUUCUGAUUAGAUGUGACACCUCAAGUUAAGAGGAGGAAAUAGAAUGACUAUCCAGUGUGUUUAUGCCCAUGUGUGACAGCUGAUAUUGUACCCUGCUGUCAAGGUCAUGUCCUGAGGAAAUUUGUCAAGUGUUCGUGUGCAUUACCUGACUUUGGUGUCUUGAUGUGCAGUACUGAUUGGGUGAAAUGUGCAGGAGCCGCUGCUGUAGAAUUUUUGAUGGACGUAUUUCGUGGUGUUAUUUACACAGGGGAAAUUCUGAAGUCUGAGGCAAAGUAGCAUCACCAAUGCCUCCAAGUCACCAGGACUCAGAUUUAUAAUGAAAUUCAAAGUGUUUCCCUUGGAUAAUGUACAGAAUAUUUUAUUGUCACUCUCCACUCAGAUAAUUGCUUUUUCUUUUUUUUUUUAAAUGUACCCUUUCUAUAGUUGGUUUGUGAAACCACUUUUCAUUUAUGUUUUUCCUCUUGUAGCCAAAAUUCACUUACUACCACAGACUAGUUGUGACAUAUUUGUAGGUUGUUGGUGCUGUGAUACAUUGGAAAUAAUGUACAGCACAUUGCAAUGUUUGUGUCUUUCCGUGUGUAAUAAAAUUUUCAAAUGAAAAGUUCCUUUGACUGCA